UAUUCCGAAAAGGCGCGCAGGGGAGGCAGCGGAGGCCGCUUGGCUUCCCCAUCGGAUGACUCACUUUGGGACGGAGAGGACUGUAGCGGUAGCGAGCUUUCUUCCCUGGAGAUAGAGGGGGGAUUGAGACAUGCGUGCAAGCCACCCCAAUCCCCAGUGGGAUUUCCUUUGUCUCUCGGUCUCGCCCUAUAUAUGCCCCCUCACCCCGCGCGCGUCCCCCAUGCAUCAUCAUCCAUCAUUGCCAGCCAUUCCCUUCUCUUCUCCUCCCAUCUAUGGUCUUGGCGUUCCCACCGCCUCGAUCGCCGCGCAGCAGCAGCUGAUGGCCUUCGCCGCUCCCGCGACAACACUAGCAGCUUCAGCAAUGGCGCUCUCCCCGCAAUGCGCGUCGACGCUCCCCAGCACCUCUAACUGCAACAGGCGGCGAUGCUGCAGCAGCAGAGCCUCGGCAGCGGCGGCGAUGUCGACGGCGUGCGUUCCGGUGGAGAGACGGAGGGCGGCGGCGCCGUCGUCGUCCGUGGCGGGGAUGUGGAGGCAGGUGCAGGGCUGCUCUGACUGGGCCGGCCUGCUGGACCACGCCGUGGUCCGGGGCGAGGUGGCCCGGUACGGGGAGCUGGUGGACGCGUGCUACAAGGCGUUCGACCUGGACCCGAGCUCGCGGCGGCACCUCAACUGCAAGUACGGCAAGGAGCGGAUGCUGGAGGCGGUGGGCAUGGCGGGCGCCGGGUACGAGGUCACCAAGUACAUCUACGCCGCCCCCGACGUGUCCGUGCCCAUGGAGUCCUCGUCCGCAGCGAGCCGUUGGAUCGGCUACGUGGCCGUGUCGACGGACGAGAUGAGCCGGCGCCUGGGCCGGCGCGACGUGGUCGUCUCCUUCCGCGGCACCGUGACCCCCGCCGAGUGGAUGGCCAACCUCAUGAGCUCCCUGGAGCCGGCCCGCCUCGACCCCUGCGACCCGCGGCCCGACGUCAAGGUCGAGUCGGGGUUCCUCAGCCUCUACACCUCCGCCGACAAGACCUGCCGCUUCGGCGGCGCCGGCUCCUGCCGCGAGCAGCUCCUCCGCGAGCUCUCCCGCCUCCUCGACUCCCAUUACUCUUCGGCAUCGGCAUCGGCACCGGCGUCGGACAUCAGCAUCACGCUGGCGGGGCACAGCAUGGGCAGCGCGCUGGCGCUGCUGCUGGCCUACGACCUGGCGGAGCUGGGCCUGAACCAGGCCGCGCCGGUGACCGUCUUCUCCUUCGGCGGGCCCAGGGUGGGCAACGCGGCCUUCAAGGCCCGCUGCGACGAGCUGGGCGUCAAGGCGCUGCGGGUCGCCAACGUGCACGACCCAAUCACCAAGCUCCCGGGCGUCUUCCUCAACGAGGCCACCACGGCCGGGGUGCGCGCGCUCGGCGCCUGGCGGGAGUCCUGCUACACGCACGUCGGCGUCGAGCUCCCGCUCCAAAACAACGGCUUCGGCGACCUGGCCGCCGUGCACGACCUCGGCACCUACGUCGCAUUGCUCAAGAAGCCGCCGCCGACGCCGCAGGCCAAGACCAACAAGGCGAGAGCGGCGGGCGACAUCGGCGGCGUGCUGGGCAAGGUCAUGGGGUUCGUGGGCCGGCAGCGGGCCGGGGCUUCGUUGCCGUGGCAGGACGCGGCGCUGCAGAUGGGCGGCCUGGUGCAGACGCUCGGGCUGAUCUGAAUUCCUCUGACCAGAACACUGUGAUGACAAAAGUUAACUCACUGAUCCUCCUAGCUCCUCGGAGAUGGCAUAUAUUUUCUUCUCGGGAGAGCAGAGAUUCAACAAGGCCACUGUUCUUUUGUUUGUUGUUGUUGCUGUUGCUGUACAGAUUAAUCAAUCAUCAUACGGAAUCACAAAGACAGAAUUCUUUCA